AUGGCUCCUCGAGCUGGCUUCAGUACGGACCAGAUAAAGGACAAAGCGCGCAAGGACCUCCUUUACCUGCUCGAGGCUGUUCGCGGAAAGAAGAACCUCAUUCUUGAGCGCAGCUUAGCAGGCCCGAUCAGUACCAUCGUCAAGGUCGCUACCCUACAGGAAUACGGCGUAGACAAGUUCUUCUUCCUCGAGAACAAGAACGCCGACACCAGUCAGCGAAAUGUCAUCUUCAUAGCACGCGGCGAGUGCGCUCGCCAUGCGUCAGCCAUAGCAGAGCAAAUCCGUCGUCUACAGCGAGAAAGCCAAACAGGUCAUGAGUACCACAUCUUCUGGGUUCCUCGACGGACACUCGUCUCGGACAAGUUGCUCGAGGAGGCUGGCGUCUUGGGCGAUGUGAACAUCUCUGAACUGCCUUUAUACUUCUUUCCACUUGAGAAGGAUCUUCUCUCCCUCGAGCUGGAUGAAUCUUUCCGCGACCUGUAUCUCUCGAAAGACGUCACACCGUCAUUCCUGCUCGCCAAGGCCCUGAUGGAGAUCCAACAGAACCACGGCUUGUUUCCCCGAAUCAUCGGCAAAGGCGAUAACGCAAAACGAGUUGCCGAGCUUCUGGCACGAAUGCGACAAGAGAUACUUGCGGGCGAGGAUGCGAACGAAACGAAUCGAGGCGGCUUGACACCAAGCACACUUACCGAAAGUGUCAUAAUAAUCGACCGCGAAGUGGACUUUGUCACCCCUCUGUUAACUCAACUGACCUACGAGGGACUCAUCGACGAAGUAUUCGGCAUUCAGAACAACCAAGCCGAAGUUGAUACAACAGUUGUUGGGGCGCCUUCUCAAUCCUCAGCGACGAGCGCGCAAGCUAGGAAACGAAAAAUUCAGCUGGAUUCCUCUGACAAAUUAUAUGAGCAACUUCGCGACACGAAUUUCGCCAUCGUCGGUAGCUUGCUGAACAAAGUCGCCCGCCGACUCCAGAAUCUACAGAAAGACUAUGAAGGAAGAAACAGCCACAAAUCCAUCGCCGAGCUCAAAGAUUUUGUCAGUAAGCUGCCCGGAUAUCAAGCGGAGCAGCAAAGUCUGCGCAUACACACGGGCUUGGCAGAGGAGGUCAUGAAGUACACACGUACGGACCAAUUCAAGGGUCUCUUGGAAGCGCAGCAGAAUCUUGCUGCUGGCGCGGACCCUUCUUCACAAUUCGAAGCAAUUGAGGAACUAAUCGCUCGCGAUACACCGCUACCGGAAGUACUGAGGCUGCUUUGCAUUUACUCAUGCAUUUCAGGCGGCAUCAAACCGAAGGAAUUCGACCAGUUCCGACGGCUUAUCCUUGAGGGCUACGGCUAUCAACACAUCCUCACUCUAAACAACCUCGAGAAGCUCCAAUUGUUCUUGUCACGCUCUUCUCCAUUGGCGGAAAUGAUCCCGAUGACUGGUUCUGGUGGCAACACAACAGGGACAAAGACGAAUUAUACGUAUCUCCGCAAACUUCUGCGUCUCAUCGUCGACGAAGUUCAGGAAGACGAUCCAAACGAUAUCGCAUAUGUAUACAGCGGGUAUGCACCCCUGUCGAUUCGUCUCGUUCAAUGUGUGCUCCAAAAGCAGUAUCUGCUCAAGGUCACCAGAGGAAAUGGUGUGAGUGGUGCGACCGGAGGGUCCGCAGCACAGGGCUGGCACGGGUUCGACGAAGCUGUAAAGCACGUCCGCGGGCAGACAUUCUACGAGCUGCAAAAGGGCGAAGAGAAGGCCGUCAAAGCUCGCGCACUGCUGUCGGGAGGUACAGAGAAGCAAACAGUAUUCGUGGUGUUCGUCGGAGGCAUAACAUUCACCGAAAUCGCUGCUUUGCGGUUCAUUGCAAAGCAGGAAGAAGCCCGGAGAAACAUCGUCAUCUGCACGACAUCGAUCAUUAGCGGAGACCGAAUGAUGGAUGCUGCGAUUGAGAAGGAUUCGUUUGCAAGAGAUAAUGUUAAGCCAUCAGUGCCUUCCCACAGUGGUGUCGCCGGUUUUGGCUCGGGCCUGCAGUCAGCCCGCACAGCACUGUCCAGCGUCGGGUGGCUUGCCAGUGACCGGAGCGCAGGCCCAUCACGUGACCCACCUUUUUUGUCUCGAACGCUGGAGCUCCUCAUGUCCAAUGCCGAACCUAGCGAUUUCAACGGGUCAUACUUCACGCCUUCCAGGGCCAGUGCGAUGCUAAGUCGGAUAUCGACCUCACAUCUAUCAGAUUCGACGACACCAACACCGUCAAGUCGAAUCUCGUCAGAAGCAGUUUCAGAAAUUGCACCAGAAAUCGUUGUGUGGACAGAAGACAUGGACAUGGACCUGGAUGACUCAAGCCAGGAUGAGGCGGGACAUCUCUCCGGCCCAAUAUCGGAAGCUGAUUCACCAAUAGCCGAAGACGCGGCUGCUCCGUUAGAGACCCUCCGCAUCCAGUCAUACGAUACCCCUCACGAAUCUUUCGAGUCUCCGAUGACCAACUUAUCUGAUCACGAUCAGUCUGAGCUUUCAUCGGUACCAUCGUCAGUGUCUAGUAAGGCAACGACCCCUGUAGACCUAGACGGGCAUACGGAACUGUCUAUACCAUCGGCAGAGACCCCUCCGAUACGCGAGGCAUUACGGCAGACCUUCGAUGUAAAGCCGAAAUCAUCCAUACCCUCGAAUCUCUCAAGCUUUGAAUAUGCAAGGCAAUGCAUAGAAGCAGCCGAGUCAUCGAGACUAAACCCGUAUGCGCUGCACCAGGAAGAAUAUCAGAUGCUGCGACAGCACAUCAGCCAUGUUCAAGUCACCACGUAUCUAAAUAUCAGAAACGGCAUACUCCGGCUCUGGUAUAAUAAUCCACGUGUUGCAGUGACAAGGAAUGAAGCGGUCGGCUGCGCUGGUGCCAGAUGGGUUGACGUCGCAAGCAUAUGUUACGAUUGGCUGCUACGACGUGGCUACGUCAACUUUGGUUGUGUAGAGUUCCCAGCGACGAGCGAUCGAUCCGAAGAGGACGUAGAAGAAGAAGUCCCACUCAACAAGAAGAAGAUUGUGAUUAUCGGUGCUGGUAUGUCAGGCUUGGGCUGCGCCAGACAUUUGGACGGCUUGAUACGGCAGUACGAGGAUCGUUUCCGGGCGCUCGGAGAACCAGUACCUGAGAUUGUGGUGCUAGAGGGGCGCGGGCGAGUGGGUGGAAGGGUCUACUCAAGGGAGUUCAAAACGAAACCGACAUUACCCUUGCCCGACUUUGACGGGACACGAUUCACCGCCGAAAUGGGCGGGAUGAUCAUCACUGGCUUCGAACGCGGCAACCCGAUGAACGUUCUCGUGCGUGCGCAAUUGUGCCUCCCAUACCGUGCCCUGAGAUCGGAAACGACAAUUUACGAUUCUAAUGGCAAGCCGGUGGACUUUGUGAGGGACCAGCUCGUAGAAAGGCUCUACAAUGACUGUUUGGAUCGUGUCAGCGAAUACAAGUUCAAGUCACAGCCCACUAAGCUCAUCGAAGGCAACCGAGACUUGAUCGACGAUGCGCGAGAUGCUGCCGAGGAAGCGGUGGCGGCUCUCCCACAUGCACCGUCCGUUUCGCAGCAAAACGUUCCGGAACGAGUAAACUUGGUGCCGGUCUCGUCAGAUAAGCUUACUGGCCGCGUCCAUACUCAACCUGGCACUCCAGGUGUUCUCAAGGCCACUGAGAAAGCCCAGACAAUGGGGUGGACGUUGAAGACCGGCUUGGCAAAUGACGCCAAUAUUGAUCUAAACGAAGCCGUGGCUUUGCCAACGGCGACGCUGGGUUCGGUGAUGGACGAGGCCGUUCUCCAAUAUCGCAGUAUUGUGGAUCUGACUGCCCAAGAUCACCGUCUCAUCAACUGGCACGUCGCGAACCUGGAAUACAGCAACGCUACAAAUCUCCAUAAUCUCAGUCUUGGUGGCUGGGACAUUGAUGCUGGCAAUGAGUGGGAAGGUAAGCACACCAUGAUUGUUGGUGGCUACCAGAGCGUUCCCCGAGGUCUCAUGUACUGCCCUACGCCUCUCGACGUCCGCUCGAAAUCUGCUGUCAAGAAGAUCACCUAUCAGCCACAGAACAAAGGGCGUGCCUCGGUUGAGUGCGAGGACGGGACAUCAAUUGAUGCAGACUACGUCGUAUCGACGAUACCUCUAGGGGUUCUGAAGCACGGUAAUGUGGCAUUCGACCCGCCAUUGCCCGAGUGGAAGACGGAAGCAGUCACUCGUAUAGGAUACGGAGUACUCAACAAGCUCGUGCUCGUCUACGAGCAACCAUUCUGGGAUACGCAAAGGCACAUAUUUGGCGUUUUGCGAGACGCUGCGAACCGCCAUAGCCUGAACCAAAGCGACUACGGCCCUUCACGAGGUCGCUUGUUCCAGUGGUUCAACGUCACGCAGACCACAGGUAUUCCGUGCCUGGUGGCCCUUAUGGCCGGCGACGCCGGGUUCGAUACGGAGCACAGCAGCAACGAGGACCUCAUCGCCGAGGCGACAGAGGUCCUGCGCAGCGUCUUCGGUCCCAGCGUGCCUUUUCCCGCCGAAUCGGUCGUCACUCGCUGGGCCUCGGACAGGUUCGCCAGAGGAAGCUACUCCUCAGCCGGACCGGAGAUGCACCCGAACGACUACGACGCCAUGGCGCGCCCCAUCGGCAAUCUCUUCUUCGCUGGUGAGCACACGAUCGGCACCCACCCGGCCACCGUCCACGGAGCCUACCUUUCGGGACUACGCGCCGCGUCAGAGGUUCUCGAGUCGAUGCUCGGCCCGAUCGAGGUGCUGACACCCCUCGUCCGACGGAAAGGAAACAACAACGUGUCCAAUAAGCGGAAAGAGAUGGAAGGCCCUAGGGACCCGGAACAAGCCCGCCUGGAAGCCUACGAGCUCUCCGCCUGGGAACACACCAGAUCCAAAAUCGGCGAGCGGCCCCUUCGCCCGGCCAAGGUAGCCGCCAACGCCUACCUCCUCUACAGCCGAGCCUUUUUCGAGGUCGCGCGCACGCGGUGCGAGGAGGAGCGAGCGGCGCACGCGGCCAGCGGCAACGGCAAGAAGAAGACUGCGCCGAACGAGGUGCGCGUCAUGACGUCCAAGAUGUGGCGGGCCGCCUCCGUGGAGGAGAGGAAGCCUUUCGAAGACGAGGCCGCCGCGCAGAAGACGGCGUACGCCGAGGCCAUGAAGCAGUAUGAGGAAACGUCGGCGCGGUGGGAUAAGGAGUACGUUGAGACCAUGGGCGCGUAUCAUCGGGAGCAUCCGUACGUGCCUCUCCAGCAGAACGGACAGAACGGAGGAGGAAGCAGCAGCGGUAAUAGUUAUAGUGCUGCUACGGCGCGGCAGCGGGAGAUAAGUGCGCAAAAGUACCGCAGGACUAAGCAUAUCAGCUACGCCGAAAGUGACGGCAGCGAGAUGGAGUUUUGA